AUGUCCGAUUGGGGUUGGGGAGGAGGUCAACCUCCUCGUUCGUACACGCCUUCACCUCCCCCAAAUAUAACCAGAGGGAGAGGAUCCUUACCUUAUGCUCCUAGUCCCAGACCCAGAUUUAAUACUUCUUCUCCUUUAGGAUUUUCCAGUCCGACUCCCCUUAGAUUUCCACCACCACCCCCUGGUUAUUGUCCAUCUCCCAUACCCAUGUAUCCUCCUCAUUCACCCAAACCCUUUUACGCUCCCUCACCCGUUCCACAUUAUUCAGAUUAUUAUUAUUCUCCUUACGACAGGUAUUCGAGUCCUACAUUUACCGGGGUUCCUUUAGAGCCCCCAACCCAUUCGGAAAAUGAAAGAGCAACAGCCGAUAUAAUAGCUGCUCAAAGUCAGGAUUACAUCGAUGAAAAAUUAGCAGAAUAUCAAGCAACAAUCUAUCAACUUCAAGACAACUCGGAACAUUCUGGAAAAGUUUCGUUUGUAUAA